GAGGAGGCCACUCGUCAGUAAACACUAGUCAGAAAGUUUCCCAAGUCUAUGUAGAUCUGAUGAAUGAUUAAUUAAGGAUGGUAAGUGGACAAUGCUGUAUAUGUCCAGGUCUCCUCUCUGGGGCAGAGCUGAGGGACAAUCCAGCAUUGAGAUGACUGAAUAUUAGAGUUCUCUGAAAAGGAGCUGGUUUGUGAACAGCGAGCCACAUCUCUCUCGUGAGCGUCCAUUGGACAGGAUGGCUGGCAGUUCUGAGACCCCCCUCCUCCUCAUCCUAGCCUGCUGCUGCCUUACACUGGGUUUCUCAGAUGUUCCAUCUUUUGAACCCAAUACCUUGUAUCAAUAUCGCUACACACUGGAUCUAAUUUUAGCAUAUUUUGCACAAUCAACAAUGCCGACAACGAAGCUGCAGAUUCAUGCCGUUAUAGACACCUCCCUUCUGUGGAGAAACAAGGACCAACCACACGAGCAGCUUGUACAUGUACAGAUGAAACAUUUUACUGUUCACAAUAAUACAGCUCCUGGAACAAAAGAAAAUAUAGCCAUCAAUCCUGAGAAGAGAAGCUGCAUAGAAAUCCCUGUUAUUAUCCAUUGGAGCUCCGGGAAGGUUAUAGGCUUGUACACUACAGGUGAAGAUGAUAGCCUAGUGCUUGAUAUAAAAAGGGGACUUGUCAGUCUGUUUCAGUUCCAACCACUUUCCGGGACUCAUUUAGAGGAAGAUGUUUCAGGAAGAUGUCAAGUAACUUACAACAUGUCCAAGGAUAUCAUCAGCAAGACGAAAGAUGUUAAUAGCUGCAUAAGAUCAGAAUUUGGUUAUGAAUCAGAUUAUAAGGUACUGGGGGUAUCUUGGAAUUCCACCAGCAGAGGAUAUAUGUUACUUAAUGGCUCCACAUUCCAGAAAGUAGUUUCUGAAGAAAGCCAUAACUUGUCUUCAAGUUUGAGAUCUCAGCUUGGUGUUCACAUUACAUCCCGACAGCAAUUGGAGCUCUUAUUCUCCAAGCCUGGUUCUCCACAAAUUCAAGGAGAGAGUGUUGACAUGGUACUGGAACAACUGCAAGAGAAAUUCCACCAAAUAGAAAUUAUGAGCCAUCCUCAGGACAGGCCUGCAGGAAACCAAACUUUGCUUAAAAGAUACUUCAAGGCCUCAAAGAAAAAAAUGAAUAAACUGGCUUUUUCCAAGGUAGCAACAGUUCAAUACUUUAGGAAUGUUGUUAAUGCAUUAAGAUCUGCUAAGAAGAAUGACGUGCUACUGCUCUUGAAAACGGCUUCCUCUGAUCUAGUGCCUUUCUUCAUCGAUGCAGCAGUAGCAGCCCAAUCUCCCGCCACUUUAGCAACUCUUUCUGAAUUUUUAGAUUUUUCUAAAAAGAAACAAGUUCAGUUACAAGAAAAGUUUCUGUAUUCUGCAGCCUUUACACCACACCCUACAACCGACCUUCUUAAUCUCGUGCUGGAAAAACUGAAAGGGAAGAUUUUUGAUCCUACUAUAAUGGAGACUGGGAUCAUUAUAACUGGAGCGAUUGUUGGCAAAUUGUGUAGAAUGGAUCUUUGUGAAGACAAGGAUGUUGAAUUCGCAAAGGCCACGCUUCUGGAAGGCCUGAAUAAUGCAGAAGAUGAAACAGAGAUGAAAAUAUACCUUCUAUCUUUGAAGAACGCUCAGCUCCCUGAAACUAUUCCCAUCCUACUUCAGUAUGCAGUGGAGCACACAGGAGCAGUGAGCAGCACCGCGCUUUCUGCUCUGCAAGCCUUCCCAGCAGAAGUUCUAUCUAUUGAGGUGGUGAAGGACACCUUGAAGCAAAUCCUCCAUCAAACACAUAAAGAGUAUGAUAAAAAGAGCCAGCUAAUGGCAGCAGAGACUCUCUUGUCUACAGAUGUUUCCAUGGUGGACCUCAACAGCAUCUCCGCUGCUCUGGAUUUAAUGGACAAUGAAACUUCCAAGUUACUUCUCUCCAAACUCCACCACAAGCUCGGACCCCGUCAUCAGUUAAUGAAGACUAUGAAGAUCCCUUUUAAAAAUGACUAUUGGAGAAUGUUGCGACCUGGUAGAUCCACUGUGUUUUCUGGAUUUUUAUCUGCCACAAAUGAUACAGGGUCCACCUAUGGUCUGGAUCUUUUGUUCACAGAGACUGGGUUAUUGAAACGAAGCAUAUCUGAUAUUACACUGUAUAACGACAACCACCAGCUUAAAGCAAUGCAGGUAUCUAUAGAAGCUCAAGGCCUAGAAUCAUUAAUGGGUAAUGAAGAAGCAGACAAUGAAGAAGAGGAUGCAAUGGUUGGAAUGUCAGCUGUCUUGUUAGGCAUUCAGCUGCGACCAGUUGUGUUUUUCAGUGGGUACAUGGAUUUAGUGACUAAAGUAUUUUCAAGUACUGGAGAACCAAGCAAUGUAGUCAGAGGGAACAUACUGCUGGUUGAUUAUCUUCAGUGGUUACCACUGCAGUCUGGGCUCCAGGCCAUUGUCCAGUAUCAGGGAGCGCUUGGACUAGAGAUCUCAUCCAAAAUUGAUGUCAGCAUUUGGGAUCAGCAAGCAAAAAGUAACAUCAAUGCCAAAGCUGGUCUUCUCCUUGACUUUACAACAGAAAUAGAUACCUCCUUCUUCCAUAUAUCUGUGAAGGCUGAGGCUGAUGCAGAAACCUCUGUAAAUUUGGAUUCAAUAAUGCAGUUUACAGGCUUUCCGAUGCAGAUGUGCCUUGAAUUACGACAAGAUAACAUGCCUUACAGAGAAACCUACAUUCUUGCAGAAACAUUUCCAGCGGGCAACAUAACACGUACCGUAAGGAAAAGAAGAACAUCGAUUCUGUGGGGGCGAGAAUUUCCCUUUCAUAAUGCAAACUCUGAAAUGUGUAGGACAUUGAAGGAUGCUGAGGAUAUAAGCACUGUUCUCUGACAGCAGCAGGCACCUAUUCUGAGGAGCGAUACUAAUUACCAGAGCUGUAGACUCAACUUGUCACACUGAUGACUAUGUAAUCUGAGGAGGUCAAUAAAAUCAAUUUGGAAUGGAAAUCAGUUUGUACAAGUGCUCUUCAUAAUGCAGAUAGUCAUGGUACAUUAAACAGAAAUGUUUAGUGUUCCAAACCGCAGAAGGUAAAAAGGAAAGUGUGCUGUUUCCAAGACUCCCAGAGCCGUCCUAUUGUGCAGAUAAUAACUCUGUCCCCUAUCGGAGCACAAGCCACUUAUUGCUAAGCUGGGGCUAUGCACAAUUCUUUAACAUGCAAUUUUCCAGAGACGGAGAUGUGGCAAAAAAAAAGAGUUGGGUAUUAGUUCGCUUUCACAUGACUGGAAUAAAUGCACAUUUUAGCUCAACUCCUGGAUCUCCCACAGUUCUACUGUUACACUACAAAAAUUGUGUGUGGCCCCAAAUGAAAGGUAACAUAUUUUUUAGAUACUUCUUGUGCAAAAAAUCUGCUCCAAUAAUUUGCAUAUUAAAAUUAUGUACACUAUGAUUCGAUAUAAAAAAAUAAAAUAAUGCCCCAUG